AAAGUUGAUCCACAUCGAGUUUCCAAACGCACUCCAAACUUACGUUUUGACGUCCAGGAUUGUGGUUACAUCGAAUUUAACAAAAAUAAUACUUAAAAAUACUCAAAUAUUUACUAGUGUUACAUAAUUUAUAACAGAAAUAAACAGUCUCAAGCAUUAAAUAUAGAUUUCCGUGUGGUUACAAGUAUAAGGUGUUUGUGAGACAAUUUUGUGCAAGUGUCUUUGCCUACGUGUAGAUUUUACAAAAUCUAUUAAAAAAUUGUCCAAUUAUAGUAUGAAAGCUUGAUAAAUCGGCUUAGUUAUGAAUAAAAAACCAGUGAGAACCGGCCCCAGGAUCAGGAUAACGAGACCCGCAUUAAAAACAAGAAAACUCGACGACCCCGUUGCUAUAUUCGACGAUCGAAAAUAUAUCUAUUCGUGUCAGUAUUGUCGCUUGAAGUUUACACAAAACAGUCAGUAUUUUCGCCACAUGACUUCAAACCACGAGAUACAGCAGAAAGCAGCGACCUUCGAGUGCAAUGACUGUCAAAUUGUGUUCAGCAAGAAGACUAACUUGGAUCUUCAUUGUCAAACGCAUCAUCAGAUAAAGAGUAAGUCGAAAUGCGAGAGUUGCGCUAUUACGUUCAAGUCUCGCUACUGUUUGCGUCGACAUUUGAAACUGAAGCAGAUUCUUCAAGAAAAUUCGUGCUUUAAGUGUCAGAAAAAGUUUACAAGCAAAGAGGGUUUAGCCAAACAUGUGAAAAAUAAACAUACUUUUAAAAAUGUGACGUUUCAAUGUGAUCUAUGCUCUCUAAAGUUCAAGGCAGAGGAAUCUCUACGCAGCCAUUUAGGACGCAUUCACAAAAAAUUAUGAUUUUAUAGAAACUUUUUGUUAGUUUAAGGUUUCAUUAUGAGUACUUCGAGAGAUUAAAAUUAGUAAAUAAUUGUAGAUUAUUGUGUAUAAAGUUAUUCUUAAGUUAUUUUCUAUUGUUUUCUUAAUAUGUUAUGCUUGUGCUGGUUAAACAACUACAGUUUUGGGUGACAUAAAUAUAUUUUAAAUUGUU